CACAGCAUGUAUUUUUUACGUUGCAUUCUACUUUCGUUUUCGCAUGCCGGAAAAACACCAGGAAAUAAAAUCUUCCAUGUCAAUUUGUCGUCUUAAUUUUUACUGACAACGAAGAACUAGGGUUUCAUCAGCGAUAUAGAUUUAUGCAGAUGUAACACCGCCAUAUCUCAUUUAUGCCAGCCUUUGUAUAAAUCAGCGUAAGAGUAUCUCCUUGAAGCCAGCCUUUGUAUAAAUCAGCAUAAGGAUAUCUUAUUGAUGCCAGCCUUUGUAUAAAUCAGCAUAAGGAUAUCUUAUUGAUGCCAGCCUUUGUAUAAAUCAGCAUAAGAAGUGUAGGCAAAUGAAUUAAUGAGUACAGGUGUAGAAUGUCGGAAACAAUAUAGUCAUGACAUAGAAGAGAAUGUACAAAAGUGAUAUUUCUUAUAAUACAUGUCACAGAACUAAGCUCUAUAGGCGACAUUUAAACAUAUGCACAUGAAAGAAACGCUUUAAAUCUUAAUGUUUAUGGUAAUGUUUAUGAUUCAGUCAGCAAAUAUUGAGAAUGUUAUCUCAGAUGUCGUCUAAAAACAUAUGAGAAGAAAUGCACAAGAAAAAUGCAUUGUGAUUUUGCACGCGAUUAAAAAGGUUAUCAGAAGAAACAGCUGGGGAAAUGAAUAAGAAAGCUUAAGGAGUGAAAAAGCUUUAAGAAGUAAAAAAGUUUUAAAUGUGACGUUUGUGAUUAAGUAUGUAAUGAAGUGUUAAUCUGAAAACUCAUUUCAGAAUACACACGAGAGAGAAACGUUUUGAAAGCAGUGUUGAAUAGACCCAGGUACUUGAUUAUGCAUGUAAUGCAAGUGUAAUCUGAAAACUCAUAUCAGAAUACAAACAGGAGAGAAACGUUUUGAAUACUGUUUUAAUUGUCCAGUUAAUUAAGGAGACAUAAUGAGCAAACCUAUAGGAGAAAAGCUGUUUAAAUGUAUUGUUUGUGGUCAUGCAUUUAGUCGACAUAGUAAUCUAAAAACACAUAUGAGAAUACAUACAGGAGUGAAAAGCUACAAAUGUGGUUUUUGUGAGUAUGUAUGCAACUACAGUUGUAAUUUGAAGAGGCAUAUGAGAACUCAUACUGGAGAAAAAUGUUUCAAAUGUGAUGUUUGUGAUUACACAUGUAUAGGUGGAGAUGCUUUGAAGAAACAUAAUAGCAUACAUACUGGAGAGAAACAAUAUAAAUGUGAUGUGUGUGAUUAUGCAUGUAUAGAGAAAGGUACUAUGAAGAGACAUAUGAGAAAACAUACAGGAGAGAAAAGCUUCAAAUGUGGUUUUUGCGAAUAUGUCUGCAACAACAGUGAUAAUUUGAAGAGGCAUGUGAAAACCCAUACUGAAGAAAAAUGUUUUAAAUGUGAUGUUUGUGAUUAUGCAUGUAUAGAUAGAAGCGCUAUGAAAAGACAUAAAAGAAUACAUACAGGAGAGAAACCAUAUAAGUGUGAUGUAUGUGAUUAUACAUGUAGUCAACAUAGUCACCUGAAGACACAUGUAGCUAAACAUACUGGAGAGAAACAAUUUAAGUGUGAUGUAUGUGAUUAUGCAAGUAGUCGACAUAGUCAGCUGAAGACACAUAUGAGAAUACAUACAGGAGAGAAACGAUUUAAAUGUGAUUUGUGUGAUUAUGCAUGUAAUUAUUCUUGCAGUCUGAAAAAUCAUGUAAAAAGAACACAUACUGCAGAGAAAUGCUUGAAAAGUGGUGAUUGUGAUUAAAUAUGUCGUUGUAAAAGCGCUAUGAAGAUACAUACAACUUGCUGUCAACUGAUUCCUAUAUUCCUAUAUUUUCCUAUAUUUUGGAUCAAAAUCCUAUAUUCUGAAAAACGUCCUAUAUUUCCUAUAUUUUCCUAUAUUCUGAAAAAUAUUCCUAUAUUUUUUAGUAAAGUUCUUGCCGAUGAAUAAGAGAGUAAAUCUUGGUUUGAUACUGCUUUUGGAUUCUUUAUUUUAUAGGUAAGAAAAUUCCCAUGUCUGCCACAGCAUCACCAUCCUUAAGAUAAUGUAGUUUUGCUCUUCUUCAUCAUCUGUAUGGUCACUUUGCAAGGCAGUGAAACAGGACAUAGGUCUUUCAGGUAAAUCAAAGUCUUGUUCAGAUGUUUUCUUUCAGAUACUCCUCAUUGAUGAAAUACAAGGCAAGUCUCUGAGAUCUCUGACAUCAAAAAAGUAUAGUAAAGAUGACAAACUGGUGCAGAAGUACCGUGUCUGUUUUAAAUAUACAGUUCAUGCAGUUUUACCAAAAUUCAAAGUCUUCAUUUACUGAAUUGUCAACAGGAAGAUUUUCUCAGAGACUGAGAACACUGCGUCACUGCCCAAAAAGUGUUGACCAAGGGUGACGGUAAAACAGUGACUGCUACAGCCUCUGGAGCAUCUAAUAAACCAGCUACAUUAGGUUCAAGCGAUAUUGAGCAGAGGCAAAUACAACAUGUAUUCACAAGUCACCCUUUGAAACAUCAAGUCACAGAAUCUGAGCUGUUGUGGUGUUUUAAAGUAGCAGCUGCUGAUUUUUCAUUCAGAUCAUGUGAUGGCCUUGACAAAGUGUUUCAGAAGAUGUUCAAGUGUGAUAUUGCUGAUCGGUUUUCUUUGUCAAGGACAAAAGCAUCAUACAUAGUUUCAGAAGCCAUAAGACCAUUUUUAGCUCGACUAUAUGAAGUAUAAGGAGAGCUAUCCUACUCGCCCCGGCGUCGGCGUCGGCGUCUUUCCGCGUCCCCACCUUGGUUAAAGUUUUGGUGCACUUUCUCUUUUUUCAACUUAUCUCUGUAAUUACUUGAUGGAUUUGAUUCAAACUUGAAAUACUUAUUCCUCAUCAUCAUCCACAUCAUCUGACAUAAGGGCCAUAACUCUGGCACCAAUAUUUCAUGAAUUAUCCCCCCUUUUCACUUAGAUUUUCAGGUUAAAGUUUUGAUGCACUUUCACUCUAUCUCUGUUAUUACUUAAUGGAUUUGAUUCAAACUUAAAAUAGUUGUUCAACAUCAUCACCCACAUCAUAUGACACAAGGUGCAUAACUCUGGCACCAUUUUUUCAUGAAUUAUUCCCCCUUUUUGACUUAGAAUUUCAGGUUAAAGUUUUGGUGCACUUUCACUCUACCUGUUUUAUUACUGAAUGAAUUUGAUUCAAACUUAAAAUAGUUGUUCAGCAUCAUCACCAACAUCAUAUGACAUAAGAUGCAUAACUCUGGACCAAUUUUUCAUGAAUUAUUCCCUUUUUUACUUAGAAUUUCAGGUUAAAGUUUUAUGCACUUUCACUCUGUCUCUGUUAUUACUGAAUGGAUCUGAUUCAAACUUAAAUAAUUGUUCAACAUCAUUACCCUUAUCAUAUGACACAAGGUGCAUAACUCUGACAUCAAUUUUUCGUGAAUUAUUUCCCCUUUUUACUUAGAAUUUUAGGUUAAAGUUUUGAUGCACUUUCACUCUGUCUCUGUUAUUACUGAAUGGAUUUGAUUCAAACUUAAAAUAGUUGUUCAACAUCAUCACCCACACCAUAUGACGCAAGGUGCAUAACUCUGGCACAAAUUUUUCAUUAAUUAUUCCCCCUUUUUACUUAGAAUUUUAGGUUAAAGUUUUGAUGCACUUUCACUCUGUCUCUUGUUAUUACUGAAUGGAUUUGAUUCAAACUUAAAAUAGUUGUUCAGCAUCAUCAGCCACACUAUAUGACACAAGCUGCAUAACUCUGGCACCAAUAUUUAAUGAAUUAUGCCCCUUUUUGCUAGGAUAUACUUAUAUAGUGUUUUGAUACAUUUUAUCUUUACCUCUCUUAUUACUUUAAGUUGAUAUUUUUGAUAUAGACUCAGGCUAUUGUGCAAUAUCUUCAUCCACAAUUGGAGUCAUUCUCCAGUGACAGCUCUAGUUUCUUCAGAUGUGCCCAGUUUCACUAUCCAGCAUCGAAAUAGUCGAGCGCGCUGUCUCCUGUGACAGCUCUUGUUGACAGAAGCAAUUGUGAAGGAAGUUAUAUAGAUGGAAAUUUAGGGUAUGUUCUUAUGUUUGAUGAAACUAUUACAGCACAGCAAUGUAGACAAAUGGACAUACUGAUAAGAUUUUGGAGCAAUAUUGAAGGAGAAGUGUCUGUGAGGUUUUUGAAAGCUUUUCACUUUGGCCAUGCAACAGCUGACAUUGUAAGUGAAGCUUCCCUUAAAUUAUUUUGAUACGUCUCUCAUCUGAUGGCCCGAAUGUCAACAAAUUCAUUCACAGAAAAGUCAAUGAAAGUUUGAAAGCAGAUGGCCAGCUGGUUUUGCUUGUCUUUGAACCCUGCAACCCCCAUACAGUGCACAAUGCUUUUAGAAAAGGUCUCAGCUGUUUUGGAAGUGAUGCAGAAGAGUUAACUUUUGACAUGUAUCAGUUCUUCAAGCAGCAGCCAGUCAGAAGAGAAGAUUUUAAAGACCUUCAACUGGAGUAUGACAUGGAUGAGAGCCUGUUCCUAAGACAUGUACCAAGCAGAUGGUUGACAUUGUUUGUUGCCAGCCAUGACCAGAGUAUUAACAAACUAGAGGGUAAGUGUGGAUUAUUUCACUGUCCAAGUUCCAAAAUCAAUGAAAUCCAAGUCUGCACGAAAACAGCUUGAGAGCAAUGAAAGGUACAGAAGAAUAUGUUGUGGGCUUUGUAUCAGUCUUCUGUCUUGUCUGUAUUGUGAUGCUGUUGAAGAGAAUGGUAGACAUUCUAGACAUUGAUUAAUGUAGAAACAGUAAGACAGUAAGUGUACAGGUAAGAGUUGAUAGUAUAUGUACCAGUAAAUGAAAAUAUAUGUUGUUGAAAACUCCUAUAUUUUGCCUCAAAACUGUCCAAAAACUCCUAUAUUUGUUGUGAAAAUAUUCCUAUAUUCUUCCUAUAAUUUGGAGAAGACCUGGUUGACAGCCUGAUACAAAAGUACAUACUGGAGCGAAACAUUUUAGACUUGAUGUCUGUGAUUAUGUAUGUGUACAGCAUAGUGAUCUGAAGAAAUAUAUCAGAUUACAUACAGGAGAGAAACAUUUUAAAAGUGAUGUUUGUGAUUAUGUAUGUAGUCAACAUAUGGAUCUGAAUAAGCAUAUAAGAAUACAUACUGGUGAGAAACAAUUUAAAUAAGAUCUGUAUGAUUAUGGACCUGAAGAAACAUAUAAAAAUACAUACUGGAGAGAAACAAUUUGAAUGUGAUGUGUGUGAUUAUACAAUAAAAGGAACAUAGUAA